AUGUCAUUUGGCACCCCUGUUCUCUGUGAUCUAGGCGAGGCUCGAAUAGGCACCGACCGUCAACAGGGUGAUAUCAUGCCAGAUAUUUAUCGUGCCCCGGAAGUCAUCUUGGACAUGACAUGGGACUACAAAGUCGACAUUUGGAAUGUUGGCAUGGUGAUAUGGGACCUGUUCGAGCAUCGCCAUCUUUUCCGAGCGCGAAAUCCAGAACGUAAAUUGGAUGAUGCAUAUCAUCUUGCCGAAAUGCAGGCAACCCUGGGAAGCCCUCCCCGUGAGUUCCUCGCCCGGAGCGACAGGAGCAAUUUAUUCUGGGACAAAGAGGGCCAUUGGAAACACGCAGCUCCUCUCCCGGAUUAUGACCUCGAAACAUUGGAAGAAAGGCUUGAAGGCGAUGAAAAGGACGAUUUCUUGCGUUUCCUCCGACGGAUGCUAUGUUGA